AGAGCAACCCUUGUCUGUUGCUGCUGCUGUCGCCUUGGCCGCCGCCGGCCAGGACUCGCCCGGAGCGCAGGGUGUGUGCCCUGCUGCGCGUGGAGCGCGGAGGCUCCUUCAGCCCCAGCUCCUCGCCCCGGCCCGCGCGCGGGUCCCGGAGGGCACCGACCCCACCAUGCAGCUGCAGUUCCGGAGCUGGAUGCUGGCCGCGCUUACGCUGCUCGUGGUCUUCCUCAUCUUCGCAGACAUCUCAGAGAUCGAAGAAGAAAUCGGGAAUUCUGGAGGCAGAGGUACAAUCAGAUCAGCUGUGAACAGCUUACAUAGCAAAUCUAAUAGAGCUGAAGUUGUAAUAAAUGGCUCUUCACCGCCAGCUGUCGCUGACAGAAGUAAUGAAAGCCUUAAGCACAACAUCCAGCCAGCCUCAUCCAAAUGGAGACACAACCAGACGCUCUCUCUGAGGAUCAGGAAGCAAAUUUUAAAGUUCUUGGAUGCGGAGAAGGAUAUUUCUGUCCUUAAGGGGACCCUGAAGCCUGGAGACAUUAUUCAUUAUAUCUUUGAUCGAGACAGCACAAUGAACGUGUCCCAGAACCUCUAUGAACUCCUCCCCAGAACCUCACCUCUGAAGAAUAAGCAUUUCCAGACUUGUGCCAUCGUGGGCAACUCGGGGGUCUUGCUGAACAGCGGCUGUGGCCAGGAGAUUGACACACACAGCUUUGUCAUAAGGUGCAACCUGGCUCCAGUUCAGGAGUAUGCCCGGGAUGUGGGCCUCAAGACAGACCUAGUGACCAUGAACCCCUCUGUCAUCCAGCGGGCCUUUGAGGACCUUGUGAACGCCACGUGGCGGGAGAAGCUGCUGCAGCGGCUGCACGGCCUCAAUGGGAGCAUCCUGUGGAUCCCUGCCUUCAUGGCCCGGGGUGGCAAGGAGCGUGUGGAGUGGGUCAAUGCUCUCAUCCUGAAGCACCAUGUGAACGUGCGCACGGCUUACCCUUCCCUGCGCCUGCUGCACGCAGUCCGAGGAUAUUGGCUGACCAACAAAGUCCACAUCAAAAGACCAACCACCGGCCUCUUGAUGUACACCCUGGCCACACGCUUCUGCAAUCAGAUCUACCUUUAUGGCUUCUGGCCCUUCCCACUGGAUCAGAAUCAGAACCCCGUCAAGUAUCACUAUUAUGACAGCCUCAAGUAUGGCUACACUUCCCAGGCCAGCCCCCACACCAUGCCCUUGGAAUUCAAGGCCCUCAAGAGCCUACAUGAACAGGGGGCAUUGAAACUGACUGUCGGCCAGUGUGAUGGGGCUACGUAAGGAGGACAGCCCAUGGGACUCAGUGGCUCACUUUCCUGCCAGCUACACCACAGGCAGAUGGGAGUCGGGGUGGCACAAACAAUAGAACAAGCAGGCUAGUGGUUUUCUUUGUUAAAGUGUAAAACAGUGACCAGAAUAUAUAUAUCUAUACCUGCAUAUAUAUAUUGACCUGAGUAUUUAUAACUGUGUGGUGUUCAUCUAGCACUAGGCAGAUAAGCCACAGGAAGAAGGUGUGGAGAACCCACCUGGAACAGAUGGAGACUCAGUCCAUCUUUGGGGGCAGAAGGACUUGACAUGAAAAGAAGCCAGUCCCAUGACUUUGGAUGACAACCCACUUCCUGGGCUGGAUGGAUCUUUGGGCUCAUGGAUGAAUGGAGAGCCACCUGUUGUCAGCUUCCCCGAACCUCCAAGUGAAGUGGAUUCUGGGUAGCCCAGACCCAGAGAUGACAGCUUGGACCAGUCUAAAGAGGUGCAGUUCAUGGAGGAGAGACUUGGAAAAUUCCAUUGGGCAAAGAGGCACAAGGAGAGCAAGCAGCACUGAUCACAACGGAGCUGAGGGCUUUGUUCAUGAACUUGAGAGUGCAGCUGCCCAAAGGACAAGUAUGCAUGGCACCUGCGUCCCAGACAAGCCUUCACAGCUAUGGAGAAAGGCUGGAGGAAACUCAGUGACAGCCCCAUAUCCUGGUUAGACCAGUACCACCCGGGACUUAGUAGGGCAGAAGAGCACAUGGCCCUAAAGAGGUAGAUUGUUGCAAAUCGUGGUUUUAGAAACUUGGCAUCUUCUAGGAGUUUGCUCCACCUCAGAAAAGGACAAAAGGGUGUACAAAAUAGGAUCAUUUUGUUGGGUGCAGCCCACGGAGGCAGAAGUAACCCUAGGACUUCAACUUCCAGGUUAGCUUUUAUCCCAUCCUCUUAGAAUGUCACAUGAAGGAAACUCUACUGUCCCAUCUACUGCCAGAAAGACACAGCAAGUGCUUGAAAGAGCACAGUCACAAUAGGUGUCAUGUUGUUCAAAACAUAUGCAGUUUUCUAGGCACCUCACAGAGCCCUAGAACUGGACACCUGGAAGACUGUGACAAAUCUAACCCUGGGUCUCUGCAGUCACUCCCUGUUUGCUUUCUGCAUCCUGCACUCUGGAGUCGCCUGCCGUGUCAAUGUCACCUUGUCACUUUCCCAUCUUGACAGUCAUACCUGCCCACACCAAGCUCUUCUGGGAGAGGUUCCAGUGUCUACCCUACUACAUUCCUGCCCACCCUCACCCCCCUACCCCAUCAACCAUUGCAGAGUGUUUGCAAAAGCCUUCCCCACUCUGUUAGGCCUCCCACUUAAGAUUUGUUUUUCUUGUAAAAAAGCCCAAAGCCAAACACAGUUCCAAACACUGGACAUAAUCUCCGGGGGAAAUCUGGGCUCCAUGCCAACAACUUAGGGGUUGGACUUACAGGUCACACACAGCAAAGCAUUAGCCAGCUUGAUGUGUUAGAUGCAGUUCCCUCGCCUGAUAAAUAAUGGUGUUUUAAAAUAUAUUUGAAAGAUAAAUGUUUAAAAAAAAAAACACUAUUAUCUUGAAGAUGAAGAGAGGUUUUUUUUUUAAGUAAUCAAGAUCUGCUCCCAAGCAUAUGAGGCCUGACGUAAUUAAUCAACAGCCAUUCAGAACACGAUGCUUGCUCUAAAUUAAUGGCUGAUGGGAAGUGAGCAGAGACCAUGGAGGGAUACCCUAGAACUAUUAGCCCUGCGUACAUUCUCUCCAGCCCCAAACAGGCCAAGGACUGUACAUCUCUGUUCCCCUCUUUGUUCUUGUUACAGUAUGAAGCUUGAGAUUUGGGAUUUGCAUCAUAAAAUGAAUAUUUAAAAAAGUAACAGCCAUAACAGCCUCCCUGGGAGCUGAGUGGCUCAGCCUCCUCAUGAGCAGUGGAGAUAAUUAGUAUCAUAUUUUACAUGUCUCCAGAGCCUUUCAUCUGAAGGUUCUCAAAGGCUCUAGAAGACAUUUAAUUUCUAAAGUUUGCCGUGCCCUGGAGGAAUAGGUACGAUCACCAACAGGGCCUCGAAUUAGUAAAACCCUUGGAUGUCAGAACAUCCCAUGUGGAAUCAUGAAGAAGGCCCAGAGGUCAGGUUCUGGAGGUGACCCUGAGCCCCACCCAGCAUCCUCUCUGUGAAGAGGAGUUAGAGGGGUAAUUGUCUAACUAGACUUAUGCAGGCUGUAACCUGAUGGGAAAGGGCAGAGGUCCCAGGACUACCCAUGUAUGCCCUUUCCCUAACUCAGCAGCCCCUGUGCUGUUAGAAUGGUCUGGACAUGUAGCUGCAGGGUCUCUGUGGACCUUGGCUUCCCCUCUUGCCAUUCUUCUCCAGUCAGCAGCCAAGUGUCCUUUACUGCCUAGUGAGAGCGCACUUGGAGCUGGGCUCCACUGAAGUCUUUUAACAUGGGCUGGUUGACUUUGGCUGGCCCCAGGGAGACACAGCCUGCACUGUUAACCUCAUAGCUACCACACAACAUCACAUCAGCCUCAGCCAGUCCCCUCAACUGUUGGCUUUCAGUCACCUCCUCAGUCUGCCUGCCUAAGCCUGCCAGACAUCCAUUUACUCUAAGCCCCCAGUGACACCACCCUCAGCCUCUGCCAUCACCAAAAAAGAAAAAGAAAAAAAAGGGGGGGGGGACCAUUUGGCAUGAGACUUUAUCUCAUAAUCUCUUGGCCUCUCCCUCCCACUUAACCUUCAUUCUUUGACAAAUGAGGUACCUCCUGUAAAUGGGGAGUCUUUCCUCUCAUGAUCUCAGACUUUUCCCAGCCCCCCUUGCAUUCACCCUGAUUCCUAUAGCCUCUCCACUCAACUCCUCCACUACCAGACCUUGGCAGGGUCUGCAGUCCCUACUGCCACCAGUUCCCUGUACCACACCUUAAUGUCCCCUCUUACCAGCAUCUCAGGCCCCUCCGUGUGCUAAAUGCAAAGCCCUACAGCAAAUUCCCCUGGGCAAGACACUAGGUUCUUAAGAUUUUUAUCCCUCCCAUCCCAACCUCCAUGACCAUUUAUUUAUAUAUUUAUUUAUGUAUUUAUGAGGUAUUUAUUGGCAUUCCUACCUUGAGCUGAAAAGAGCCAAGGAAGAUCUGCCCAUUUCCCCUCUCUUCUCCCUGUACCACAAAGUAGCCAUUCCCUCCAACAAGGUCCUCCCCAAAGGCUUAUAAGCUGCGCAUCCACAGUUCCAUGCCUUCCUUCAGACUCAACUACUACAACCCAAAGAAUACCCUUCACUCCCCUUAGCUGUUUAGCUCCACUGGAAGCUCCCAGUUCCAGGAUGAUACACUGCUUUUCCAGCAUACUCUAUCUGCUCUGACAUCUUGAACUCAAGCUCAUCUGAAGCUAAGUAGACCAUCUCUCUUCCCUGCAUGAUCCCUUAUUUUCUGGUUGGAACACCAAUGAUUCUUUCAACACAUUCUGGGACCCUAAGAUGAUCACUGACUCUUCCAUGUAUCCCCUCAUUACCCUUUCCAACUAGUCCCAACCUCACCUCUCCUUGUCCCUUGGACUCCUUAGUAGUGGUCUCCUCUCCCAGACCUCCCUGAGCAUGCACGAUGGUAUUCUCAGCUCUUCACGAACUCAGCUAAGAUCUCCUGACCCACAGAAAUGUGCCCAUCUUUAUCCUGACAUUACACUCAAUCAGGUCCCUUCAUAGCCUGCACUGGCCAAUCCAGAAGAGUUGUCAGUAUUGGGGAAAGCACCACGUUUCCUGGCCCUGUGCCUUUGGCCUUGCAGUUCGCAUCUUCUGGAUCAUUCUUGAGUUUCUUCCAAGGCCCCUGCAGAGACCACAUCUGCCAUGAAGCCCUCCCCGAUCCAUCAACGCCGGGAACUCUCCCCCCACAGAACCACCACAGCACUUUAUUUCCCCCUUUCUCCCGGCACUUACCAUACUCUGCCUUGUAUUAUAGCUCCUUGUGCACUUGUCCUAUGUCUGUUUGUAGACUGUAACCCUGCCAAGGGCAGGCACUGUUUUAUUCAUCUGUAUCCAUCACAGCAUUAGGCGUGGUGCAUAGCACACAACAGUUGCUCAAUAAAUGUUUGUUGGAUUAAA